CAAUCGCAGUCGAAAACAAAAUUUGCCCAAUCUCAUGUUUAUAACCUGAACGAUUUACUGAUCCAAGCAGUCUUGUGCACAUAAUAUCUCGUCUGGGCGGGUAUAUGAACCGUAUCCAACGUAGCACUCGUCGAAGAUGGUUCCAACAAAGCCCCUUUGAGUCGUUCUCGGAAGAUGGAAUACCCCUUGUCAAGGUCUACACGAACCUACUCGGAUUCACUUACGAAUAAGCAAACGGCUCCUGCUGUCAUAUUCGCAUACAGAAUGCUCCGCACUACCAGCAGUUCAAGCGCUUUGAUAUAUAACCUUCCAGGAUCCCUGUAAUAAAUCCUGCCAGGCUCGAGCUCAAUUCGUUCCAGAGAUGUCUACUUCCAUGUCUACGGCCUCAUCUUCAUCUCCUACAAAAACCGAGAGCUCAAAUCUACAGGAUCCUCGGCUGAUUUCUGUAUCCGAACUGGACAAGGUUUUCGAUAUUCAGAAUGAUUUUCGGGCGAUUAGGGAUUCAAUACACACGAUCGACUCUUUCAUGGUCACUGAACCAGAAAACAGUCAUCGGCCCGCGCCUGCUAGACGGUUGUUCUAUUGGAAGAUGGAUUUUUAUGUUUUACCCGUCCUUGGAAUGAUGCUGGCAUUGGUCGCCCUCGAUCAAACGACCUUCAGAGCUUUUCGACUCUCAGGCAUCGAAGACAAACUAUCAUUGAGCGACAAGCAAUACAAGAUGUCCUUGACUUUGACCUACAUCCCAUUUGUUGUCUCACCGUAUCCCUUGAACCUGAUGCUUCGGAGAUUGGGACCGAACUAUGUUCUUCCCGGGAUAAUUGUCCUAUGUGGUGUCAUAAUACUCUCGACAGGUUUCGUCAAAUCUUACGAAGCACUUCUCGCAUGUCGUUUCCUCCUCGGUCUCUUCGAAGGCGGCCUCCUUCCCGGCAUAGCUAUCCAUCUGACCUCUCUAUAUCCCCGGCACAAGUUGGCAUUCAGGUAA